AUGGAGCGCUCGGUGCGGGAGCUGUGGGCGGAGUCGCGCGAGCUUCUGGGCCUCCACGCCGAGGACGUGCCGCGCGCCGACCUGCCCCCGACGCCGCUCGCCUUCCUCCGCGACCACGUCUCGCCGGGCCGCCCCCUCAUCAUCUCCGCCGCCGCCACCCGCCACUGGCCGGCCGCCUCCCUCUGGCCCACCGAAUCCUACCUCCCCGACGCGCUUCACUCCACCGACGUCUCCGUCCACCUCACCCCCAGCGGCCGCGCCGACGCCCUCGCACCGCACCCGCGCCGCCCCGGCGCCAGGUGCUUCGCGUCCGCGCACGUCCGCCGGGUCGACUUCCCCUCGGCCGUGCGGCUCAUCAGGGGCUCCGACCCGGCCGCCGGCCUGGUGGCGUACGCGCAGCAGCAGGACGACUGCCUGCGCGGGGAGUACGCGGCGGUGGCCGGCGACGUGGACGCGCACGUGCCCUGGGCCAGCGAGGCGCUCGGCUGCCUCCCCGAGGCCGUCAACCUCUGGAUCGGCAACUCCUGCUCCGUCACCUCCUUCCACAAGGACCACUACGACAACAUCUACGUCGUCCUCUCCGGCGAGAAGCAUUUCCUCCUUCUGCCCCCCACCGAGCACCACCGCCUCUACAUCCGCGAUUACCCCGCCGCCCGCUACGUCGCCGAGCAGGAAACAGAGGAGGUGCCCAGGCUUAAGCUGGAGAUCGAAGAACCCGAGAGGAUCGUGCCGUGGAGCAGCGUGGACCCAUACCCGGCCUCGCCGGAGGAGAUGGCGGCGCAGGCCUCGUCCUUCCCGCUCUACUUCAAGGGGCCAAGGCCGAUACGCUGCACCGUCCGGGCCGGCGAGAUGCUCUACCUGCCGAGCAUGUGGUUUCACCAUGUCAGCCAGAGCCCCGGGCCUAACGGGCUCACCAUUGCCGUGAACUACUGGUAUGAUAUGCAGUUUGACAUCAAGUAUGCCUACUUUAACUUCAUGAGAUCACUGGAGAUCAAACAUUCUCCGUCGGACACCAGUGAUGAUGCUAUCGAAGGUGAGCUCCAGGAGAAGAACGAUUGAGCUGACAGUCUGAUGGUAUUUGCAUUUUGGACAAUGCCACACGGGCAGUAUUUUCAGAAUAUGUGGCUUGGGUUUAUGUGGUAUUAUGUGAAAGUUCUUCAAGGUUUCAGUUAGUUAUACAGAGCUUGGAUCUGGGUUACUGUCGGCGUUUGUUGUACCUACGUAUACAGGUGCCAAUUGCCCAUCAAGCUUGAUUUACUAGCAAUAGGACAUUGUGAAAGGCUGUUAAACUUUUUUCAGAAAGCAGCAUGAGUUGUUCUUUGUCGGAUGGCUUACAUUCUGCAGGUCUACUCUCUACACACGAAGUCUUGUGCAAAUUACGCACAUAAGGUUUCCGUACCAGAUCAAGCAUAAGAUGGAUGACAGAGAGUAUCAGUUGAUGAGCUGUUCUGAGUCUGAAAGUGUUAUUAGUUCUGGUGCUGGUAAGGUAAACUACCUGGCUGCUGCCAGUUCU